AUGUCAGAUAUAGAAUCAUCAUUGCACAGUAGUAUCAUCUCAGAUGCAGAUAUAGAGAGUGUACACAGUGAUAAAGCAGUGGCUUGGCGUCAAGAAAGACAGAAGAAUAAAAAUUGUCAUAAUGAUAUUGGUUUGCAAAGAGAACCUACUCAAGUCACAAAUAGAUCAAGAGGAAAUUCGAUUGCAAGCUCUGGUCAAUUCGGUAAAAUAUAUAGCUUACAAAGUUUACAAAGGCCUAGGACAACUGCCACUAAUGUAUCUGGUCUUUCAAGAGUUACGACAAUAAGAAGAGCCCUAACUGAGAAAAUUAGUUAUUUAAGAGAUGCAGUCAAUGAUGAUAAUCAACAAACUUGGGACGAAGAAGCAAAAGUCGAAAAUAUUCUAAAAUCGAAUUUUACUUUGGGAGAUGCAAUGCAAUUAAAUAAUUAUUAUGAUGAAUAUAGUAACCAGGAUCAACAAGUUAAUGAUCCAGAAACUGGUAUGUCAAUUAAUAAUAUCAUUAGUAAUAUUAGCAAAUUAGCUGAAAGACAACAAAAUAAUGAUGAUUCUACUACACUAACAAAUAAAAGUGAAAGUAUAGAGAAGGAUGUAUUCUCCUCAACUCAUAGCUCGACAAAUAUGGAUAUGACUCGAGCACAAUCAAAUGUAACAAUGAAAACACAUCAAAGUCUAAUAGAAAAAGUGUUUACAAAUAAAGAAACAGGUGAAACAGAUUUACCUCCAGAUGGUGGAUAUGGAUGGGUUUCCACUCUAUGUACUUUUCUAGUUAUAUUUUCCACAUGGGGGUGUAACUCAGGAUUUGGUGUAUUUUUAUCAUUUUAUCUAAAUAAUCAUACUUUUAAGCAUGCAGGGAAAUAUGAUUAUCCAUUAAUUGCGGGUUUCACAGUUGCUAUGGGCCCUCUUUUCAGUCCAUUUAGUAUGAUUCUAAUGAGGUUAAUUGGUCUUAGACAAACAAUGUGGGUUGGUAUCAUGAUGUUGCUGGCAGGAUUUUUAAUGGCUUCGUAUGCAGUAAGUUUAUGGGAACUAUAUUUAACUCAAGGGUUUUUAGUGGGGUCAUGCUAUGCAUUUACAACAAUUCCUGCAACAACUGUUAUACCGGGUUGGUUUUUAAAAAAAAGAGCUGUGGCUAUGGGUAUAUCGUUUAUAGGUACCGGUGCAGGCGGAAUGACUUACGGAUUAGCCGCUGGUAAAAUGAUUCAUGAUAAUCACGGAACAAGAAAAUGUUUGCGUGUCUUCACCUUAACAUGUUCUGUGGUCACUGCAUUCUCUGCUGUUUUGAUAAGGCCCUAUAAGAAGGAACAUCCAAUUGGAUUAAGAUCAUGGAAAAAAAUUAAGAAUGAGUUCAAAAUGAUGUUUGAUUUAAAAGUAUUAUCUAAACCAGUCGUAUUAUUAGUUGGUAUUUGGUAUAUUUUUGCAUUAUUUGGUUACACUUUAAUGGUCCUUACUCUCUCUGCUUAUGUGAUCGCAAGAGGUUAUACAGAGCGUGAUGGCGCAUCUGUUCUUGCUAUUUUGAAUGGAUGUCAAGCCGUAGGAAGACCAAUUAUAGGUUUCAUUGGAGAUAAAGUAGGAAGAAUUAAUAUUACUUCGGUAUUAACUCUAAUAUUGGUGAUUUUUAUGUAUGCAUUUUGGAUUCCUGCAUAUACUUUUGUCCAAUUGAUUUUUUUUGCAAUCUGCACAGGUUCUGUUAUUGGUGUGGCAAAUGUUAUGAGUGGUGUGUUAACAGCUGAUGUUGUACCACCAGAAGAAUUCUUAGCAGCAUGGGCAUUUGUCAAUUAUGUUGGUUCCCCUUUUCUAUUAGUUUGUGAUGUUAUUGCUCAAGCGUUAGAAAAGAGGCAUGACAAAAACCCAUAUCUACAUACACAAAUUUUCUCAGGUGGUUGUUUUGCUUGUUCCUUUGCCUUACUUGCCUUCUUAAGGGAAGUAUCUGUAAAAAAGGUAGUUACUCAAAGACAAGAACUUACUUUACAAAGAUUAAAUUCAAUACAAAAUGGGUUGGAAGAGGUUACUAUUGAAGAACAAGAAUUACUAGAAAAGAGGAGAGAAAAGUAUGAAACGUUACUUGGGCCAAGUUGGUCACAUUAUUUUGGUAGAAUGUUUUAUCCAAUUAAAGUAUAA